AUGACUGAGCCGUACGACUGCACAGAGUGUAAGGCGUCCCUGUUUGGGCUGAAGUACAUCCUGAAGGAGAACAACCCGUACUGCAUCAAAUGCUACGAUGAGCUUUUCUCCAACAACUGUGAAGUGUGCCAGAAGCUCAUCAGCUGCACCAGCAAGGAUCUGUCGUACAAGGGCCGCCACUGGCACAGCGAAUGCUUCCUCUGCGUCACGUGCAGCCAGUCUCUGGUGGAGCGGCCUUUCGCCACCAAGGGCGACCUGCUGAUGUGCGUCGAGUGCUACAGCAGCGAGUACUCCUCCAAGUGCCACUCGUGUCUGAAGACCAUCAUGCCAGGCUCCAAAAAGAUGGAGCAUAAGGGCAACAGCUGGCACAAGAACUGUUUCACCUGCAACCGCUGCCAGCAGCCCAUAGGCACCCGCAGCUUCAUCCAGAAGGACGCCAACAACUACUGCAUGCCCUGCUACGAGAUACAGUUUGCCCCGCAGUGCAUCACCUGCAAGAAGCCCAUCACCACUGUAGGAGUGAACUACCGUGACCAGCCCUGGCAUAAGGAGUGCUUUGUCUGCAUCGGCUGCAAGCAGCAGCUGGCCGGCCAGCGCUUCACCUCUCGGGACGACUUUGCCUACUGCCUCGACUGCUUCUGCAACCUGUUUGCCAAGAAAUGUGCUCACUGCACCGGCCCAAUCAGCGGUAUCGGGGGCACCAAGUACAUCUCGUUCGAGCAGCGGCAGUGGCACACCGACUGCUUCAACUGCAAAGGUUGCAGCGCGUCUCUGGUGGGCCGGGGUUUCCUGACGUGCAAAGACGACAUCUUGUGCCCCGAAUGCGUCACAGACUCCUGA